AUGGGGAAUAGGAGCAAGCCUCCUGUUCCUGAGUUAAAGAAGCCCAUGUUGGCUGUUCCUCCCACGACCCAGAGGCCCAAGAGGAGCACCUCUCCCUCUGCAGACAGGACCCACCAGAGAGAGAGCCUGUCUGCUACAGCGCUGCAGCAGUUGGACUUUGUGGAGGGACGCAGGAAGCAGUACAUGAAGGCAGCGCUGCAGGCCAAACAGAAGAACGACAUGGACACAGCCAGAACCAUGCUUCGUACCGCCAAGGGACUGGAGCCGCUCAUAGACGCCGUCAAGGCAGGCAAACACGUCGACAUCAGCAAGGUGCCGUCGCCCCCUGGUGACGAGGAUGAGGACUUCAUCCUGGUUCAUCACAACGAAGUCCAGAUCUCAGAGAAGGCAGAUGAGGUCUACACUCAACUGGCCAAGAUGCUCAAGGAACAGUACGAGAAGUGCAUGACUUACUCCAAGCAGUUCACUCAUCUGGGUAACGUCGCUGAGACCACCAAGUUUGAGAAGAUGGCAGAGAGCUGUAAGAAGAGUCUAGAGAUGUUGACGCUGUCCCAGUCUAAGAGACUGGACCCUCCUAAACAUCACUUUGAGGAGAGGACGUACCACACCGUCAGGAUCUUCCCAGAGCUCAGUAGUACGGAGAUGGUGGUGGUGGUAGUCAGAGGGAUGAAUCUGCCUGCUCCUUCAGGUAUAGCUACCAAUGACCUGGAUGCCUAUGUCAAGUUUGACUUCCCCUAUCCCAGUACGGAACAACCCCAGAAACACAGAACGGCUGUGGUCAAGAAUACGAACUCUCCAGAGUUCAACCAGGGCUUCACUCUGAACAUCAACCGGAACCACAGAGGCUUCAGGAGAGUGGUCCAAUCUAAAGGACUCAAACUGGAACUUCUGCACAAAGGGGGAUUCCUGCGGAGCGACAAGCCUAUAGGGACGGCCCACAUCAAACUGGAGAAACUGGAGACCGAGAGUGAAGUACGGGAGAUAGUGGAGGUGAUAGAUGGCCGUAAACCUACAGGAGGACGUGUGGAGGUCAGGGUUCGCCUGAGAGAGCCUCUGAGUGGACAGGACCUUCAGACAACCACAGAACGCUGGUUAGUCCUGGACCAGUCACAGGUUCUUCUCUAACUGCUGCUCAGCUGGGACGACUAGGAACACUUUAAAAGAUGAUUAACAACUCCUGUUGUCCUCUGAUGAAGAUUAUGACGGGAUGAUGAAGAGGAGGAGGAGGAGGAUGUAUGUUGUCGUGGCGGGCCUAUUUAGUCUUCCAGGGUUCUGGCAGUCCGACACAGUGAACACGGGUCUUUAGCUUGUAAACAUUUUGCACACGGAGAGAUGGAGCUUCUAUUCACUCUGGGGGGGGGGGAAUGGGCUCCAUGUUUAGCUAACCUUAAGAUAACAUUGGCCGGGAUUCAAUCAAAAGGGGCACUGCACUUGACUUUUAUAGGUCAUUAUUUUCCCGCUUGAGCCUAUAAUAUAUUAUCUAUAAUAAGAAUAUAUUAUCUAUAAUUAUCUAUUAUCUAUAAUAUAUUAUCCACCUAUGCACUUAUUCUACCAAAGUAAUCACUGUUGCUGUACGAUGCUGCAUAUUUCAAUUGCCUUGAAUAUCUGCCCUACUGUUUUAAUGAUUACAAUAAUAAUGUGUGAUAAGAACUUGGAUCUCUCAGAUGUAAUUCUUUGCUAUGUUGUUGGCGGUUGUUCCCGGGACUGUUUCAUCUCUAUUCUCUGGAACAGUUAUCGGCCAGGAUUCAAUCCUGAUUUAGAUCCCCCGUUUUAUAGCCGUUUUUUUUUUUUUUAAGGUAAUGUCAAUCUCCGCGAUACUUGGUAACAUUGCCUUUAUAUAAUUUUUUUUACAGCUGCAUUGUCGACUAGUGUGUAGGGGUUGAAUCCCGGCUCCAACGCCAGAACGGGAUAAUGUUCACGUGGACAUGACUGACUUUACAGACGUCUUGGCUACCACAGCUACUGGACAUUCAAAGGCAAUUGGUCAACUGACAUAAGCAUGUCAUAGGUACUCUUAAGGUGUCAUAAAUGGUUAUAAGGCUACAUAGCUCUUGUAACCGUGUCACAUUUUGAGCUGGAUAGUAUAGAUCUGUGUCUGAACUGACCCGAUUGGGCCCUGGUCAAAACUAGUGCACUAAAUAGGGAUUAUGGUGCUGUUUAAGAAAGAUGUCAUUUAUCUUGUGGUGAUUGGGGUUAUUUUGUUUUUUGUGAUUUAAGUUGAAGAGACUCAUAAGUUUACACUUUAUAGCUGUGAUCCUCCGUACACAUAGAAAUGAUAUCAUCUGUGAGUUUGGGUUCAGCUGAGCUUUUAGCCAAGAACAUUUAGUUUUUGUUUGCGUGUAAAUCAAAGUUGUAUUUUAUGAGAAGAGUGGUAAUUUAAAAUGCUUAACAGCAAAGCCAUUAUGGUUACACGGGCACAGAUUAAGCCUAUACCGGACUAGGAAGCUUUUCAAUGGAGAAUCUUCAUUGAACAUGAUUUUUUGGGGGGGUCCAGGACAGUCUGUGUUUGGGAAACUGUCCCACAGUCUGAGCCAAUUAUAUCCCCCCCCAUUCUCUACUGAUAGCCAAUUAUAUCCACCCAUUCUCUACUGAUAGCCAAUUAUAUCCCCCCCAUUCUCUACUGAUAGCCAAUUAUAUCCCCCCCAUUCUCUACUGAUAACCAAUUAUAUCCCCCCCAUUCUCUACUGAUAGCCAAUUAUAUCCCCCCCAUUCUCUACUGAUAACCAAUUAUAUCCCCCCCAUUCUCUACUGAUAACCAAUUAUAUCCCCCCCAUUCUCUACUGAUAACCAAUUAUAUCCCCCCCAUUCUCUACUGAUAGCCAAUUAUAUCCCCCCCAUUCUCUACUGAUAACCAAUUAUAUCCCCCCCAUUCUCUACUGAUAGCCAAUUAUAUCCCCCCCAUUCUCUACUGAUAGCCAAUUAUAUCCCCCCCAUUCUCUACUGAUAACCAAUUAUAUCCCCCCCAUUCUCUACUGAUAACCAAUUAUAUCCCCCCCAUUCUCUACUGAUAGCCAAUUAUAUCCACCCAUUCUCUACUGAUAGCCAAUUAUAUCCCCCCCAUUCUCUACUGAUAACCAAUUAUAUCCCCCCCAUUCUCUACUGAUAACCAAUUAUAUCCCCCCCAUUCUCUACUGAUAACCAAUUAUAUCCCCCCCAUUCUCUACUGAUAACCAAUUAUAUCCCCCCCAUUCUCUACUGAUAGCCAAUUAUAUCCCCCCCAUUCUCUACUGAUAACCAAUUAUAUCCCCCCCCAUUCUCUACUGAUAACCAAUUAUAUCCCCCCCAUUCUCUACUGAUAGCCAAUUAUAUCCCCCCCAUUCUCUACUGAUAACCAAUUAUAUCCCCCCCCAUUCUCUACUGAUAGCCAAUUAUAUCCCCCCCAUUCUCUACUGAUAGCCAAUUAUAUCCCCCCCAUUCUCUACUGAUAACCAAUUAUAUCCCCCCCCAUUCUCUACUGAUAACCAAUUAUAUCCCCCCCAUUCUCUACUGAUAGCCAAUUAUAUCCCCCCCAUUCUCUACUGAUAGCCAAUUAUAUCCCCCCCAUUCUCUACUGAUAACCAAUUAUAUCCCCCCCAUUCUCUACAAUGUUGCUUCUAUCAGAAUAUUUCCAACUGGUGACUUAAUAUAAGUACUGUGCAUCAAUGCGGUCCCGUCAAUUCAAAAUAAAUAUUUUAUUAAUUAUACGUUAAGUAAUUUUCAUUUAACAAAAUGCAACUGUUUCCUUUGCUCCAAUAUGUUUUUGUAUGUAUAUUGGCAAGUUUAUCAUAAUGAGACUUAAAACUGUACAGGUCCAAAGGUACCUUACCUUAAAGUUCCGAAAUGUGUAUUUGUGGCAAAAACUAAGCAUACAUUUCGCUUUUCUGUACAUUUUUAAUUAUACAUCUUACAGGUUUUGAUAGACUGCUUUUGACAUUUGUAGUAUUCAAUAAAGGAAAAAAGAUUUUGGGGCUUUUCAUUUUGUUGUUGUUGAUCGUGUUAAAAAGAAACUGGGUAUUCUUGUUCCGGCCUGACUGAUCCACAGGACAGUAGAAUAUGGUCACAAAGACGAGUAGUUGGUUUGUUUCUGUCUUUAUGCAAUAGACUUCUGUUCAAUUGAAUAACAAAAUGCUACCAUCAAGAUAAACAAUUCUACCUUUUUUGAUAGAGUAUUUCGCAAUAGUGCCAAAGAAAAGUAGUGGGGUGUAUUCACUAGUGCACAAUGUAGCAAUGGAAAACAUUGCCACAAUCAAGUUUCUAUUGGACAAAUUCAGGUAGGUCCUUCCCUGUUACCAGUAAGGGUACACAAAGCUCUGAAUGGCCCAUCUUGGAAGUUGCACACUGGUGUAAGGAUUUAGGAAGUCAUUCAUGCGCAUGUCGACAUGAAAGCUUCUCUCCAGAAAUGUGAGUCCUGUUCAUUAGGGCUCGUAACAGAACGUUUCAUUUUAGUGUUUCUUAUUGGACAAGUCCGCAUGGUCGCUCUUCUGUUUUGGUGACUAUUGAGCAUAACCUUGGUGAAUAGGCAGACAAGGUUGUAUUCAUUAGUGGAAAAAUGUUCUGCCACGGAAAGCAAAAACAAGUGUCCUUAUUGGACAGGUGGUUCUGGCAAUCUCUUCCGUUUGCGGUGUAAUGAACAGGAUCCUCCAAUAACCAUUGUGAUGUCAUCUGUCCAUAGCAGUUUGAUGCCCUCAUUUAUUGUAACAAGUAGGCCCUCAAUACGGUCUGAAACCCACAAUGUUCUUUACAAUAAACUGACUCUAUACAUACAGUACCUUAAUGCACUAGUUAUUGUGUGAUUGUCUGUCUUGGGAGUUUACAGUUGUGUCAUUUUAGCAUGUAAUCAAUAAAUCCCUUGGCAAAACCA